GAAAAUGAUAUUUGCUGCCUAUAAAUAACAUUGAUAUGUCCAAGCGCAACAAUAUAACGUACGUAAAGCCCCAGGAACCGAGUUUUUUGGCCAAAUUGAAGGCAGAGAUUGGCUACAAAGAGGGUCCGACAUUGGAAACCAAGCGCCAGCGUUUGGAGCGCGAUCCAGAGGACAACGAUUCGGAUUCCGGCGAGGAGCGACCGGAACGAGAGGACGAACAGCCGCAGGUGGUGGUGCUGAAAUCGGGCGAUCUAACCGCCGAGGAAGCUCUCGAGGAAAAACGCUUGGCCGCCAAAGAACUAGCCGAGAAGCGCGCCGACCUGUCCCAGCCAAUCGUCUUCAAGCAAAGGGUGAAGCAGGUCAACGUGGAAUCCGCCAGCAAGAGCUCCGAAAAGUCCGAGAAAUCGAAGUCCAAGUCCAAGAAAUCCAAGGCCGUUGCCAGCAGUAAGCUCUCCUUCAACGAGGACGAAGACGAGGCCGAGGAUUCGAGUUAAGAUCUGGCAUCUGGCAAUAGCUCCGGGAAACCUUUGGCGGAUGAUUAAGAUAUUCAAACAUUCGGAAGACAGAACGUAUCCGAAAGUGACUGGGCCGCAUUCUACAUAGCAGAGAACGGACAACAAAUGACCGAAGUCGAUGUCGUUUUGCCGGAGGGCGUGGCCGAGCCCACGACAAAGCUUGCCAGCGCAUCAGAAGCAGAUUCGCCGCAGAACCUUCAAAAGC